GCCGUGCGCGUGCGCGCUGCAGGUCGGCGCCGGGCGGGGGCGGAGCGGCAGUCACAGGCCCACGCCGUAAACAGACAACAUGGCGGCCGCGGUGGCGGCGGCACCUGGGACCUUGGGAUCCCUGCAUGCUGGCGGUGCUCGCCUGGUGGCCGCUUGCAGUGCGCGGCUGUGCCCGGGGUUGAGGCUGCCCCGCUCGUUGGCAGGCCGGCGGGUGAGCCCGGCGACCUGGGCCCAGGGCUGGGUGCCUGCGGCCGGUGGUCCCGCACCGAAAAGGGGCUACAGCUCUGAGAUGAAGACCGAGGACGAGCUGCGGGUGCGGCACCUGGAGGAGGAGAACCGAGGAAUUGUGGUGCUUGGAAUAAACAGAGCUUAUGGCAAAAAUGCACUCAGUAAAAAUCUUAUAAAAAUGCUAUCGAAAGCUGUGGAUGCUUUGAAAUCUGAUAAGAAAGUACGGACCAUAAUAAUCAGGAGUGAAGUCCCAGGGAUAUUCUGUGCUGGUGCUGACCUUAAGGAAAGAGCCAAAAUGAGUUCCAGUGAAGUUGGUCCUUUUGUCUCCAAAAUAAGAGCAGUGAUUAAUGAUAUUGCUAAUCUUCCAGUACCAACAAUUGCAGCAAUAGAUGGACUCGCUUUAGGUGGUGGUCUUGAACUGGCUUUAGCUUGUGAUAUACGAGUAGCAGCUUCCUCUGCAAAAAUGGGCCUGGUUGAAACAAAACUGGCAAUUAUUCCUGGUGGAGGGGGAACGCAGCGAUUGCCACGCGCCAUUGGAAUGUCCCUGGCCAAGGAGCUCAUAUUCUCUGCGCGAGUCCUCGAUGGCCAAGAAGCCAAAGCAGUGGGUUUAAUCAGCCACGUUCUGGAACAGAACCAGGAGGGAGAUGCUGCCUACAGAAAGGCCCUGGACCUGGCCAGAGAGUUUUUACCUCAGGGACCUGUUGCAAUGAGAGUGGCAAAAUUAGCAAUUAAUCAAGGGAUGGAGGUCGAUUUAGUAACAGGGUUGGCCAUAGAAGAAGCUUGUUAUGCUCAGACCAUUCCAACGAAAGACAGACUUGAAGGUCUUCUUGCUUUUAAAGAGAAAAGGCCCCCUCGCUAUAAAGGAGAAUAAAAGGAAGAGAAAUUCUUAAGAUACCAAUGUAAUAAAUGUACUUCUGGAAGUGUCUUUCGGGUCCACUGUAUGCCUCAGCACAUGGAAUCUCAAUGACCAAAGUGAAGAGCAAAUUAUUCAUAUAGUGUAGUGAGCAUCCGAAAUGGACCCAUCCGUGUACUUCACUCAAAUGUGUAAAUGUCAUUCUCAUUUCAGAUUUGUAAAGCUAGUAGUGUAUAUUGUCAGAAACAGAAGCAAAGUUAGAUAUACAUUUUUAAAUAUUUACUGCAUAUGCGGCUUUCUGUUCUUAAUUUUUUAAUGUGAAUAAUUUAUAUAUUGCACAUUCUAGGGGAUAAUAUUGAUUGUAUGUCUACUGUGCUGCAUUAAGAAAAUAAAAUUUCUAUAUACCAAAAAUGGGAAGUUAUGCCAAAUGAAGUUUCUAAGUAAUUAAUGUAUAUGAACAGAUACAUAUAAAUAUACAUAUAUCUAAACCUGAAAAAUGAACUGAUAGAUACUCUGAGUGAAAACUACCUAAUACAAAUAAAAUCAGUGAAAAGAAAACAUGGGAA